UUACUUUUACUUCUUUACAAUGGGUGGCGUUCCUGUCGUUAGAUUACUGGGUUUAAUUUAAAUUAAUGUGUAAUUUAUUGAGAGAUUAUUGAAUGGGAAUUUUACUAGAACAUAAAUUCACACAGCUGCACGUGCUGCUGUCACAGACUGUCACUCAAGUCAUUAAUGCUGCAGCAUACAUUUUUCAUCAGUGAAAAAAGAAUAGUUUCGUCAUGCAAUGCCUUCGUUUAACACCAAGACAAAUGGAUAUUUCAAGAUUCAAAUCUCAACCUCAAUUUAAGGCAGCACAUUGAGACACCUGUCUGAGAUACUGUGAGAAUUACACUGAAUGACCCUGGCAGGCCUGAGGCCAUUAAAUCUCGUUAAAAUCAGAAGAUAAAACGUCUAUUUUGUUAAACAUGGAUGUUACUACAUAUGAUGAUAUAUACAGCGGAUUUCCUCCACCUUGUCCCGAUAGCUUGCAGUAUCUGAACAGCACAGUUUUGGUCCUGGUCUACAUCAUAGUCUUCUUUCUCAGCUUGCUCGGGAACACCGUGGUGAUAUUUGUGGUAUUUUUCAUGAAGAACCAACGGGCAUCUACUGACAUUUACCUGAUGCACCUGGCCAUUGCCGACUUGCUCUUUUCAUUCACUCUCCCAUUCUGGGCGGCUUACCUCCACGCAGGCUACUGGAUGUUUGGCACCGUUAUGUGCAAACUGGUUUCCGGUGUACAAGAAGCUACUUUUUACUGUUGCGUCUUCCUCCUUGCAUGCAUUAGUAUCGAUCGCUACCUGGCCAUCGUUAAAGCGACCCAAUUCCUCUUUCGUCAGCGCCACCUAGAGGGCGCAGUGUGCGCAGUGGUGUGGAUGUGUGCCAUUUUGCUGUCCCUGCCCAUCAUGGUGCAUCAUGAGGCGUUUGUGCCUGAGAGCAUGGAGAACAUUUACAUUUGUCAUGAGAAUCUGACCGCAGACACCAUUGAAGAAUGGAGGUUAGGCUUGCGGAUUCUUCACCACACCUUGGGAUUCUUCCUACCGUUGGGCGUUAUGAUUUUUUGUUACAGUUUUACCAUGUGGACACUCUGUCAUUCGCACAACAGCCAAAAGCAGAAGGCAAUGCGCAUCAUAUUAUGCAUCGUUCUGGCUUUUGUGAUCUGCUGGCUGCCCAAGAACAUCAGCGAACUUCUGGACACCCUGAUGCGAGGCAGUUGGAUAACGGAAACGUGCAAGCUGAGGGACAGUUUAGAUGUGGCGCUGCAUGUCACCGAGGCUAUGGCUUUUACCCACUGUGCCAUCAACCCCAUUUUAUACGCUUUCAUUGGCAAGAAGUUCCGCAACCAGCUCCUCAUGUCUCUCUUCAAGAAAGGCCUGCUGAGGAGAGAGACGUUGACAAAAUACAGAGUGGAAUCUGUGUAUAGCUCUGCAAGCUCCAGGCAAAUGUCCGUGAUGCUGUAAUCAAAGUGACAUUCAUGAUAAAACUUCCUCUUACAAGGGUAUAAAGAGCCCUUGUCUUCUGUUAAAUGAAUAGCUCACCCAAAAACUGAAAAUUCUGCUAAUAUUUUCUCACCCUUGUGUCGUUCCAAACCCACAUGCUGUUAUUUACUGUAUCCUGUGGAACAUAUAAGCAUUAUCUUUUACGCAGCACUUUUCAAUACAUCAAAAUUUCAUUGUGAACAGUGGCUGUCUAGCUCAAAAACAGGACAAAAAACACAAUAAAAACAUCAUAAAUGUAGUCCAUACCACUUCUUGCACUAUAUUCCAAGUCUUCUGAAAUCAUACUAUAGCUUUUUGCAAAGAACAGGCUGAAAUUAUAGCUGCUAUUCAGUGAAAAUCUUUUUCUCUGCCGCAGCUCUCAAAUCUCAUUCUCCAUAUUUCAACUGGUGUGCCUGUGUUCGGUUACGGCACAUACAAGAAACAGUGGCAUUUUUGCAGUUAAUAACGUCAAACCUGGUGUAAUGUAUCAAAAAGCAGCACUUUUUAGUUGAACUCAAAAUAUGACAAACACUUUACAAUGAGGUUGUAUUUGUUGACUGUAACACAGUUCAGUGGAAAGGAGGAGGCGAGAACCGGCUUGAUAAUAUAAAUAAUAUUUAAUGAUUAACUAAAACAAAAGCACAAACACACACAAGUGUCGGACAGCUGUCCGUAACUCUCUCUCUCUCUGUUGCACUGCCGUCUCCAGUCGGCCCUUAUCCCUCUCGGGCUAAUCAGCCUGAUUAGGGGCCGGAUGUGUAGAAUCCGCCCUGCCACAUUGACAUUAGUUAACUACAUUAGAUAAUGUGAACUAACAAUUAACAAUACUUUUCCAUUACUUAUUAAUCUUGUUUAUAAAGGAAUAGUUCACGCAAAAAUGAAAAUUCUCUCAUGAUUUACUUACCCUCAUGCCAUCCCAGAUGUGUAUUCAGAAUAAACUUUCUUUAUUCUGCUGAACACAAAUGAAAAUUUUUUGAAAAAUAUCUCAGCUCUGUAGGUCCAUACAAUGCAAGUGAAUGGUGACCAAAACUUUGAAGGUCCAAAAAGCAUAUAAAGGCAGCAUAAAAGUAAUCCAUGUGACUUCAGUGGUUUAAUCCAUGUCUUCAGAAGAAAUAUGAUAGGUUUUUGUGAGAAACAGAUCAAUAUUUAAGUCCUUUUUUUAUCAUAAAUUCUCCUCCCUGACCAGUAGGUGGCGAUAUGCACAAAGAAUGCGAAUCAGCAAAAACAAAAGAAGAUUGUGAAAGUGAAAGCGGAGAUUUAUUGUAAAAAAGGACUUAAAUAUUGAUCUGUUUCUCACACACACCUAUCAUAUCGCUUCUGAAGACAUGGCUUAACCACUGGAGUCAUAUUGAUUACUUUUAUGCUGACUUUGUGCUUUUUGGACCUUUAAAGUUUUGGACCCUGUUAACUUGCAUUGUAUGAACCUACAGUGCUGAGAUAUUCUUCCAAAAAUCUUUGCGUUGAGCAGAAGAAAGAAAGUCAUACACAUCUAUUAAUAAGUUAUAUCCAAUUUUCAAAAUUGCAUUGCCAUGAAGAUGUAAUGUCAAUAAACCCUAAAACGACUGUAAAAAUUAUGAUUUAAACAAAUUUACAGCUCAAAUAAUACACAGAUUUUAACAGGAGAAUUAAUGUAAGUGGUUUUUUUUUAAAUUAUAAGCUUUACAUUUCUGCCUUUAAACCCUCCAAUAACUGGCCCCAUUGACUUCCAUUGGAGGUGUCUCACUGUAACCUUGAUUUUAGCUUUUUUUAAGAAAAAGAGGGAUGAGUAAGUAAGUAAGCAAUUUUAUCACACUAAAAUCAUGUUAACACCUGAUGUUUUUCAGUAUUGUGGCUAUACUUUUGAAACUGAGUAUUUUAACGUUUACGGAUUGGCCUCAUUCACUUCCAUUGUAAGUCUCUCACUGUAACCCAGAUUUGUGCCUUUUUUUUUUUUUGUUUUGUUUUUAAAGGAGGGGCAAGUCAAAAUUUAUUUUUGUGGUAAUCAACAGUAUUCCACAAAUGCUGUCGAAUGAGCUUAACUUGUAUUGAAACCGGAAUAUUCAUUUAAGACAAAUGCUUCAUGCUUUCUAGGUAAAAUACUGUGAAGCAAAUAAUCAAAAAAGUAAACUCUCUGUUAUCUCUGUUACAGGAUAUUGCAGCAAAACUUGUAUAGCCUAUAUGUGUGUGUGUUUUGAGUAUCUUUGACUGUCUGUCACUUUUUUCCCAUGAUAACAAUCUAUUAAAGGGUUUUUUUCUGGUUUGUGUGUCUCACAGACUGCACUCUUUGAAAGCUGUAGGCAUUUAUAUCCAAAGAGUCUAUGAAAAACAACCAUUGUUCUUUUGUAGAGGCUUCAAGUUCUGUCAGCAUGAUUAAAUAACAGAUGAUGUAGAUUACACAAUUUGUAUGUGUACCUUUUAUUUUUCACCCAUAUACAUGUAUAGACAUGUAUAUGGGUGCUAUUUUUCAUUUUCCUCCUAAAUAAUAUUAAAAGCAAUUUGUUGUUUUCUCUCUGCUUUGCAUGUGUAAAUAAAAUUGUUUUAGAAAAAGUGAUGUUUAUUCCAGAUUAAGUUAAGCAAUAAGUCUACAUUUCACCUUGCAAUCACAUGAUUUCACCAAUGUUUCUACUUCCCCUUGACAGCACAGAGAAGUGAAGCAACCUGUUUUCCUCUCUAACAUAGCAUGUGGGUGUGCUACAGUAACUUUCUCAACACAACCUUAAAAAACAUUGCAUUGCAGCAUCAUGCACUCAUUUACAUUUAUAUGCCACUAAAAAUGCAUGGGAGGUGUUAAACUGUUAUUAGAUUUUAUUCUUUAAACAUUAUUAAAAAUAUAUAUUAAGUCUUUAAAGACAUUUAACCCAAAACUGAAAAUUCUGUCAUCCUUUACUCACCCUCAUGUGCUCCAAAACCUUUUGACUUUCUUAUUUUCUUUGAGUUUGUAGGCAGAUUUUUAUCCUGAGCCGGAAUUCACAUUUAAUGAAUGGCAAAAAAAGAUGCAUUGAAAGUAAAUGGUGGUGACUGAGGCUAAAAAAAAAAAAAAAAAAAAAAUAU